UCGGUCUGCCUCGGUUCGUUGUGUGUAAUGUGUAUUCUUAUUCUAUUCUGUAACCUUCAAACUGUUGGACAAUAAAAUAGUCAAGUGUAAUAGGCCUAUUAUUAUAUUUUUUUAAAUCAGGAUUCAACAAGACUGAUCAACAACAAUAUGUGAGAUGGCUUAGUUUCUGUUUCUAUUUUCGAGUUAUUUUAUGAAUACAGUUUGAAACCAACUUUUAAGAAGCCUUUAUUUUGGAGGCUUGAAGAACUUAAAAGUUAGGCCUAAGUUUCUUUAAGACACUUCUUCUUCCACUUAUGAAAUCUAAACUGACAAAAUGAGCACAGUCUUGAUCGAAACUAUCAAGUAAAAUCUUGUCAAGCUAAAUCAUUACAUUACUUUUUUCAGGUAAAAUGGCCAAGUUACUCACCUCAAUAAUUGGAAAACAUUUAGUCUGCGAUUUUAAGUACUAUUUAAGAGGAUUAAGCUCAAAAUUCUUAUUACAAAACUCGGCCAGCUUAAAAAAAAUAGACGUCAAGAUUGUAUAUCAGCGAAGGUACUUCAGCAGUGAAAAAGAAAAGGAAACAAGAUUACAAACUCAAUCUGGCUCACAACUCAGCGAAGACGUUAAACCAAUCACAUUCAACACUGUAAAAGAAACAACAAAAACAGCUUCGUACUUAGGUGUUAUUUUAUUGGGAGUCGGUAUUACAGGGAUUAUUUUUGUUACUGUGUUCAAAGAACUGUUUUCUAGCAAGAGUCCAAAUAAUGUUUAUUCCAAGGCUUUGGAAAGAAUUUGUACGGACACACGUGUGCAAGAUGCAUUGGGAGAACCGAUAAGUGGAUACGGUGAAGAGAAUAGGAGAGGAAGACGUCAACAUGUCAGUCAUCUCCUUUAUGAAAAAGAUGGUGAAAAACGACUUCGGAUGAAGUUUUACAUCAAUGGUUCAAGAAAACGAGCUACUGUCCAUCUAGAAAUGAAAGAGGAUGAAUCUGGCAACUAUGUCUACAGAUAUCUUUUUGUGGAACUGGAUGAUUUUGGCCGCCACCCGAUUGUAUUUGAAGACAAUCGACACUCGCAGCCUCCCAGUGGUUUGACACCAAUUGAACAACUUCCCUCCGUUAAAUAUUCCGAUGAACUCGACCUUUCUCAACCUCUCAACAUGAAUCUCAACUUUCCCGAUGGUGGGGUUAAGUAAAUUCAUUGAGAAUUGCAUUUUAGUACUGUGUGUCUGUAAUCAUCGUAUUUUCCACGUAUUUUAUAUUGAUGUAGCUCAUGUUAAGAUGAAGUUUUAUCUAUUUUUAAAUUUGUUUAUGUUUUUUUUUUCAAAGCAUGAGUAGUUUAAUCUUGAUGUUGAUAAUGUUUGUUUUUAUAAACUUUUGUUGUCAAUGAAUAUCAGUGCUAAGGAAUGUUUUUGUGCCAUUAUUAUGUGUAUUAGAGUAAAAAGUACUGAAUAAAAUUCUCUGAUAUUGUAAUAAGCAUUGUGAAUUUGGGCUUUUGCAAGGCCGUUAUCUCAUGAUCUCAAUCUUACUAUAUGAGAUUUGAUGGGUAAUAAUUUUCUUUUAAUAAUUUCUACAAAAUAGAACACUUGAUCUAUAUCGAUAUCCGUACCAUUUUCUAUGUUGUAUCAAUAGUCAAAUAUACUACCUAGAACAACAAAUUGUAGACCUCAUAAACAAAAUGCACUACUGGUGCUAAAUGACUAUUUGGCCUUAUCCUGCUAUUUUAAAACACCUAGUCAACUAUAUGAACAAAUAUCUUAAAUGAUUACCUACUCGAUUGGAGGAAUGGAAUAAAUAAAUUUAAAGGACAUUAGGGAUCGUAGUAAUCUGUUGAACUGUAAAGCUAACAUUGGUCCGGUUUUCAAAUGCUAUCCAAAACACAAAAUUUUUUUAUAGUACGAUGAUGUUAUAAAAAUAAUUUAUGUCACUAUAACUACCCCAUUUAAAUCACGUAGUACUUUUUUAACCUUAAAAGUUUUUUUGUAAGCAGACAGAUGAGAAACUUAGAGACUGAUGAAGUGCUGAGGGUUGAUAUUACAUCAUUGUUGAAUUUGAUGACAUCACUAGUUGUGGUGCUUUGUUUUUUUUUUGUACAGGUAAUCUUUAUUUCUACGUUUCGUGCUUAAUCCGUUUAUUUACAGGAUGUUUCGUGAUUAUGUAGUGUGUUACAAACCCUGUAGGUUGAAAAGACACCGGUGGCAAGAAAUAAAUAUUACCUGGCUUAUGUUAAGAUUGUUGGAAUAUGAUCUUGUUUACCAAAUGCUCAGUGAUCAGUGUUUCCACAAGACCAAAAGAAAAAUCCUGCUUGUAUCCCCACUUUUAUGUCAUGAAAAAUCCUGUUUUACCGUAAAUUCCAUGAAUUUCAUAAAAGAUCAUGUUAAAUCUCAAGCGAUAUUUUAAUGCAUAUCUGUAAUAGCUCUUUAAACAUUGCUAUAAUACUACGCGAAAACAAAUACAUUGAAAUUACACAAAAAGUCCCGUUUUUGGAAUUAAAAUCCCCUGUAUGGAAACACUGUCAAUGAUGCUACUUGUACUUAUUUUGUAAAUUUGUGUCAUGAUUAUUUUGAUUUGAGAAUUUAAUAAAGAUGUUUAAGUUUAAA